AUGUCUACCACCGCACUUCCCGAUUCGAUGCAAGCCCUGAUCCUGAACUCGACCUCAGAGCCUCCUAUUGUUCAGACAGUUCCAGUCCCUCAAGUAACACCAGGCACCGCCAUCGUCCGCGUCCUCGUCGCAAACAUCAUAAGCUACACCCGCCACAUCUACAACGGCGACCGCAAAUACCCCUUCCCCACCCCUCUGAUCCCAGGCUCAUCAGCCAUUGGUCGCAUCGUCUCCCUCCCCUCGGACGCCACAAGGCUGCAACUCAACGACCUAGUCUUCAUCGACUGCAUCGUCCGCUCCCGCGACGAACCAACAGAUAUCUUCCUAGCAGCAAUAGUCGAAGGAGGAACCCCUGGUUCCGCAAAACUGAUGCGAGACGUCUACCGCGACUGGACAUACGCCGAAUACUGCCGUGCACCGAUCGAGAACCUCAUCCCCUUGAACGAGAGGACCCUGCUCGGUAGUCCUAAAGAGGGAGGUCUAGGCUACACAACCCACGACCUAGCCUACCUCGCCGCCAUCCUGGUCCCCUACGGCGGCCUCCGGGGCAUCCGUCUCGAAGCCGGUGAGACGGUCGUCGUAGCACCAGCUACUGGGCCCUUCGGCGGCGCCGCAGUCCUCUGUGCACUAGCCAUGGGCGCACGAGUCCUAGCUCUCGGCCGCAACACCGCUUCACUCGCGAAAUUAAAGGAAAGGGCGCCGUACACCGAGCGACUAUAUACAGUGCCUCUCACCAACGACCCAGCCACGGACCUCGCUGCCCUGCAGCAGUACGGCGAGAUAGACAUCUUCUUCGACAUCGGCCCGCCUGAAGCGGCCAAGAGCACGCAUAUCAAGACGUGCAUCCUUUCGCUUCGACACGGGGGUCGUGUGAGUCUGAUGGGUGGGUAUCAUGAGGAUAUUCCUGUCCCUCACCGCGUGAUCAUGCACCGGAAUCUUACCUUGAAGGGGAAGUGGAUGUGUGAAAGGGAUGAUAUCUUCGCCAUGUUGAAGCUGGUGGAGACUGGGAUGCUGCCGCUCGGUAAGAAAGGAGGGGUGGAAGUGACGGGUACGUUCCCGUUGGGGGAGUGGAAGGAGGCGUGGGAUUUGGCUGCCGAGAAGGCUGGGUUUGGGGAGUACUGUUUGUUAUGUCCGUAG